UCCCUCCGCCGUCUCUUCUCGCGGUAACGUUAGUGCACUGUUAGCUUGCUAGCUAACCCCCAUCGUUUCCAGGUUUCGUGUCGACCUGAAAAAAAAAGCAAACGAAGAGAGGCACCGAAAGGCCACGCAGCCGAACACCUUUUCUAACCCCGGCUGCACCGAAGAGCGGGACAAUGCCCCACAACUUCCAGCCCGGAGACCUGGUCUUCGCUAAAAUGAAGGGGUACCCCCACUGGCCGGCCAGGAUUGAAGAUGUGGCCGAUGGGGCAGUGAAACCACCUCCUAAUAAAAUCCCAAUUUUCUUCUUUGGGACACAUGAAACAGCGUUCCUUGCGGCCAAGGACCUGUUUUCCUAUGAAAAGUACAGCGACCGCUAUGGAAAGCCCAACAAAAGAAAGGGAUUCAAUGAAGGUUUAUGGGAGAUCCAGAACAAUCCACAUGCCUCCUACAGCGCCCCGCCUGCACCCGCCAGCUCCUCUGACAGCGAGACCAACAACGCCGAUGGAGGGAGUGAGGAGGAGGAAGAGGAGGAGGAGGAGGAAGAAGAAGCCCCCGUGCCGCAGAAAGUACAAGAGUCAGGAAGCGACGCUGACUCCGAUUCUGGGAGUGAGGACCGAGGACAGGGUGGAGGAGUGAAGCGAAAGCCACCACCUGCUAAGCGGCCCCCUCCUCCAAAAAAGGCCCGCGGCUCUUCCAGUGACCGAAACGAAGAGGAGAGUGGCUCCCCCUCUGAAUCGGACCCCACGCCCUCCGAGUCGGACUCUGGCAAGAACAGUGACCAGGACUUUACACCAGAGAAGAAAUCUGGUGGACGCGGUGGAAAGAAUGCAGGAGGCAGAGGGAAGAAAAAGAAGGCUUCGUCCGGCUCGGACUCAAACUCUGGAUCAGGUUCCGAGAAGAAGGCAGCGGACAGCGACUCGGAGGACGAGAAGCCGCGACCGGCUCUGUCUGGCUCCGAGUCCCACUCCGGCUCCAAGUCGGAUUCAGAGUCCGACCCGCCUCCCCGUAAAGCCCCACAGGCACGCAAGAAAGUCACAGAGAAGCCAGCACCAAAGCCUCGUGCACGGAAACCCAAACCCCCUCCGACAAAACGAGCACCCGCGUCCUCCUCUGACAGCGACAGUGACAGCGGCACCGACCGCAUCAGUGAAUGGAAGAAACGCGACGAGGAGCGCAGGCGAGAGCUGGAGGAGCGCAGGAAAAAGGAGGAGGCCGAGGAGCUGCGCAGGCUGCGCGAGAGGGAGAAGGAGGAAGACGAGCAGAAGAAGAAGGACAAGGACAAAGAUAAGGGCAAAAAAGCCAGUGACAGUGACAGCAGCAACAGCUCGGACGAAGGUGUGGACGAUCACCCGUUGAAGAAGUCCAAGAAGCCGCCUCCGCCCCCGAUCCCUGCGCCGUCGGACUCGGACUCCCCAGCACCAACCGAGGCUAAGAAGUCUUCCAAGAAGCCCGACAACCAGAAGAAGGCGAGAAUAAAGAAAGAGAAGGAGAGGAAAGAUCGGAAGGAGAAGGAGAUAAAAGAGAAAAAAGCCAGGCGGUCUGAAGAGAAGUCUCGAGCGAGGUCUAAGCCUGAAAAACCCAAACGCAAACCAGAGAGGCCGCCAGAGAAGAAGGUGGAAAAGAAACGUGAGCCAUUGCCAGAAGAAAAGCUACAGAAACUUCACACUGAUAUAAAGUUUGCACUCAAAGUGGACAACCCAGACAUAGACCGGUGUCUACAGGCCCUGGAUGAACUUGCAGCUGUUCCCGUCACCAGCCAGAUCCUCCAUAAGAACGCUGAAGUUAUUGCCACUCUUAAAAAGAUUCGGCGGUAUAAAGCCAGCAAUGCAGUCAUGGAGAAAGCCAGUGAGGUCUACAACAAGUUAAAGCUUCGCUUCGUGGGAAAGAUGGAGGUGGCAGCUAAACCUCAGACAGAGGACAAGGAGCCAGAAGACGACGAGAAGGAGACAAAAGACUCAGACUCCACUCCGGUGAACGGCGAAUCGGUACAGAAACAAGAUGACGUGGAUGUAGAAGACGAUCCCAAAUCACCCACACAUGAGGAGAAUAACGACAAUGCUGCUUCAAGUCCAAACAGACGGAGCCCGAGCAGCCCCGCUGAACCAGAUCUUCACACGCACGAAGAAGCCGACAAGUCCAUCUCUGCAGAGUCCGAACCGCCCGCUGUAGAGAGCUGAAAAGACCCUCAACCACCACUGGAGCGGACCAAGUGCUAAAGACGGUGGCCUCCCGGCUUGACGUCGUACAGCAUUGCAACGCACACCCAGCAUUUCCUACGGCAUCUGUUCCGUCAGCGUCGAUGUUUCGGAUGUUUUGUACCGUGGUGACAUCAAAGGGCUCCGUUGCUCACACUGAUCGGUCCAUUAUUUAUCACAGCGAAAAAGGAAAGCUUGUUAGUGUGGUAGUCUGUGCCGCUGCGCAAACUCCUUUUUUUUAUUUCUUAAAAUGUACUUUUUCUUUUAUACAAACACUCGGCCCGUCCUGGAUCUUCACCGUGUUCUCCUGCUUCCGGCUACCUGGUUCCCUCUAGCACACGGACUCCUGUUUUUGGAUCUUUUACACUGUAUGUAUAUGGAAUGAUCACAUUUGAAGCACUUCUAACCGGAAUUUAGGCCGAGGGAGUGUGAAAUGAAACUUCAAUCAUUUUCAUGGGAAAAUGGAGCCACGCCGUAAAUAUUUUCGCUUGGAAGAUUUUGUGCAGCCCUUCCAUCUGUUGGCUUCAUUUCUUUUUUUUUUUUUUAUAAAGUCUACAAAAUAUCACAAAGGCCUCUUGUCUGUGUGUAUGACAUCGUCAGGGUGUUUAAGUACGAUUUGUGAGUCUUCUAUGUUAAGUAUAUAUUUUGUUCUAAUUAUCUGGUCCUUGAUCCAGUUAAUUCAGUCUGAACUGUAAAGCCAUUAUCUGAGUCACUAAAAGCCGUUUUACAAAUGAGUUCCAUCUACAUUUUUCUUUAUAGACUUGUCUGCAAAUAUUGGCAUUUACAGUAUUGUUCAAAAUAAUAAUCGCUGUGGAGUUAAACACCUUGCACUCUCGUCUCCCCAUAGUGUCUGCUUUCAGUAACCUGCUUAAGGAAUAGAAUAUCUGUACAGAUUGCAAACUGCCCGUAAAAAGCUAUUGAGAUCCCUUGUAGCUGUGGCCCAUUUUGACACGUUCCUGUCACAAGCAUACAACAGGUGUUUUUAGUGCUAUGUAAAUUGUUAAAGCCUUUCUAUGACUUAGUUGAGACUUGAAUAAAAAUCUCAGCAUGG